GUAAAUGCGGACAUUGCCGAAGCGCUUUCACUUAGCGUUCUGAGUCAGUUGAAAGUUGUCUGUUUGUGCGCUCGUUAGUAGCGCAAUACUGAAGUGUGAGUUAUUUUAAUACGAAGACAGAAAUGACACGGCUAAAGAUGUUUUGUAUCAUCGGGGCGCUGCUGAUAACACAAAGCGCCGCCAUCUUCAGAGUUCCCCUUCAUAAAACCAGAAGCCUGCGCCGCCUAAUGACCGACAAUGGGUUGUCUAUGGAGGAGCUUCGAGCUUUAUCGAGGAAGCGAGCUUCGGACAGCGCUCCCUCACCUGAAGUGCCCGUAGAGCGGCUGACUAACUUCAUGGAUGCCCAGUACUAUGGGCUGAUCAGCAUUGGCACCCCUCCACAAGACUUCAGUGUGCUGUUUGACACCGGCUCCUCCAACCUCUGGGUCCCCUCCAUUCAUUGCUCUUUCUUCGAUGUGGCCUGCUGGAUUCAUCAUCGUUACAACUCGAAGAAGUCGAGCACAUUUGUUCAGAAUGGCACAGCCUUCGCCAUCCGGUACGGCAGAGGCAGCUUGUCUGGCUUCAUCAGCGGGGACACUGUCUCUGUUGCAGGUCUGCCUGUUCCGGGCCAGCAGUUUGGUGAAGCGGUGAAACAGCCCGGCAUUACAUUUGCAGUGGCACGGUUCGAUGGGGUCUUGGGGAUGGCCUACCCCUCCAUAGCAGUAGCUAAUGUCACCCCAGUGUUUGACACUGUCAUGGCUGCCAAGCUGCUGCCCCAGAACAUUUUCUCUUUCUACAUAAGCAGAGACCCAAAAGCGGCAGUAGGAGGAGAGCUGAUGCUGGGUGGGACAGACCCCCAGUACUACACCGGAGAGCUGCACUAUGUCAAUGUCACACGAAAGGCCUACUGGCAGAUCGAGCUGAGCGGAAUUGGAGUUGGCAACCAGCUGACAGUCUGCAAAGCCGGUUGCCAGGCUAUUGUCGACACAGGAACGUCCCUGAUCAUAGGUCCUGUGGUGGAAGUCAGAGCCCUGCAGAAAGCCAUCGGAGCUCUGCCCCUGCUGAUGGGAGAGUACUGGAUCGACUGCAAGAGGAUCCCAUCUCUCCCCGUCAUCUCCUUCAACCUUGGAGGGAAGCUGUUUAACCUGACUGGAGAGGAUUAUGUCAUGAAGGAGUCCCAGAUGGGUCAAACAAUCUGUCUGUCAGGCUUCAUGGCCAUGGACGUCCCGCCUCCUGCGGGGCCCCUGUGGAUCCUGGGAGAUGUCUUCAUCGGGAAGUACUACACUGUGUUCGACAGGAACGCCGAUCGUGUGGGAUUCGCCCUCGCCAAGUAGUUCACUGAACACUGUGUGAAACGUGUUGCACUUCUCAUUUCUAGUGAUUAUUUGACUUUCACGGUCGCACCAAGCAAAGCUGAAUUUCAUCAGUUGCGUUAUUUCCUUUGCAGCAAUUUAUGCAUUUAAUGGUUGUUGUACAUCACUGCCACAUGAAUCUCCCACAUCUGCUUAGAAUAACAAGGUUUACAUGCGGAUGCUGCAUUAGCCAUUUCGCCACAUUUAAUGUCGUGUAGAUGCUUUGUGCCACUGAACAACGGGACUGCUUCCCUCCCUUUUCUGUGGAACUGCGUUUGUGUUUGAGCGCCAUCUUUUGAUAUGGCAGGAUUCAAUCACAGCUGUGUAGUUUAAAUGUUUUGCAAUGUAGAUGCUUGGAGGGGAACAAACUAAAACUGUGUAAUUUGUUAAUUUGUUUAAUUCCCAACAAUUGAACAUUUCCAGUUCCAAAUGUCUUAAUAGGUAUAAUUUAGGAUUCUUAAGUACACUGACAUCUCAGGAUGUUUGAGUUUUUAUUAUCAUGUCACUAAAUAAAACAUUAAAUGUUGUCAAAUUUGAA